AAGUACAAAACAUCUUUCUGUAUCCAUCCUUUUCUCUUCUAUUUUGACACCCAGAUUAUAGAUGUAUUUUAUGUUGCCGUGCUCUGAUGCCUCUGCAGGUUGGAGUUGGGAUUGGCAAGGACUGUGUGAAGGUUUUAAAAGAUUAUAAUGUCUCUGUUCAAGCUGUGGAGGAUCUUUCAUCUCUAGCAAAUCAAAAGCUUGGCGGAGAACCCGGAAAUUGGAGUCUUAAAGCUUUAACUGAGAUGCUUGUUUCCAAAGAGCUUCCGAAACCGAACAAGAUCAGACUGGGGAACUGGGAAGUUAAAUCUCUAUCAAAGUAGCAACAGCAGUAUGCAGCUAUACCAAAACUGUUUCUUCUAAUGAAUAGGUCUUGAAAGAGCUUUGCCGACACAAAGAAUUCUGUAGGUGAAGCCAGUGAGGACGUGAAAGUUGUGCCACCAUGAGUUCCUUACCUGCAGAGUUUCCUCAUCAUCAUCCUGCAAGGCAAGUCAACGCAAAUAACAAUCAAUUGCUCAACAAACUGACAAUUAACUUAGGCCCUAGUCUUUUUCUCGUCCUAUGGCAGAUAAGGACUAUAGACUAUAUAGCCUAAGAUAGUCUGAAACCUCAUUGUCUUCUGGUCCAUCUAAUCAAAGCCUAAUGUCCCCACUGAUAUAAUUAUUGAAUCCAAGUCCUACUUGAACAUCAGAAUGGGGAAAAAAGUAUCCA